AUGCUCGACGAAGAGAAGCUUGUUGAGGUAUGGAAAUUGAUCUGUACCUUUUUGAAUCAAAAUAGUCUAACCGUAUUAGCAAGAGUCUGUAAGCUUUUAUCCCAAAAAGUUGCAACAUUUGAAUUAUAUAAAUCUAUUCGAAUUACAAGAGAACCGAUCCUGAUAUCAGCCAAAUGGUAUUUAGACUGUAACGAAACAUACGUGGGAGGUUAUAGGACAAAUAGGAGAAAAACAGCAGAUCAAAAUGAUAUAUUUUUGUAUGACGAGAUUGAAAGAUUAAUGGAAUCUCCCCAUCUUGCCAAGAUAGAACAAUUGAUCAUAGUAGAACAUCCUUUUUACGAUGAAGCAGCAGGUUUUGAUCUUUUAAGAUCUCUGCUUGAAAAGAUUAUAGCUAUUGGCAACAUACGAAAGUUGCAAAUUCAGAAUGAUGCACUAAUGAAAAGGUUUUAUUGCAGGUACCUUUCUUUACCUCAUCUAGAAGAUAUUUGUAUCUUACAUGAAAAUGUGUUAUUGAAAACUCACCUAAUACAUAAUUUGAAGCACAUAGAAUUGAGGAUCAAAACUAACACACUUUCAGAAACAUCUGCCGUACCGCUGAAAAAAACAUUAUAUCAUCUUCCCAUGGAAGGAUCAUUAUACGUUCAUGACCAAGGCGAAUCUAGUUUAUCAUUUUUCAAAUAUUGCCAUGAUCAUAACAUAAUUAUCCCACAACUAAAGUCGUUAAAGUUUGUACACAUACAUGAUCAUGGUAAUGAUGAGUUAUCUUGUGAAUUUUUGCAGGAAAUCAUCAAUCUGGCAGCAAUAGAGGCUUUGGAGAUGGUUCUAGGAUGCGAUAAUGAAUCAUGUGAAUGUGUAGAAAAUUUCUUACAAGAUUUGGCACCCCAAUUAUCUCAUCUCAGAUGUCUAAGCUUAAAUAAAGGCAAUACAAAUGCAAAACAUUGCCACAGCUUAGAAGAAAAAUGGGAUCUUUCGAUUGGAAGGUUUAUACUAGCGUUACCGAAUAAAGCUACCAACCUUAAGAAGUUAAUUAUUAGUCAUUCCCCGCCUUUGAAUGGAUUUUCUGAUGAUUCAGUAGACGGUAACUAUAUUCGUCGGCGAACAUUAUUUUCUCACAUUCUACCCGAACUAACAUCAUUAGAAGUUUUAAUUGCACCGACAUUUUUGAAGUCGCUGAGUUGUUACGAAGUACAAAUGUGUGAUCUAUUAUGGAAUGGAUGUGAAUGCGAAUUUUGUAGAAAGUGGUUACCGAUGUUUGAUAGUUACCUUCAUCAUCAUGAGUUUCUUUCAAAAAAUGAAGGAGAAUAUAAAGAACUAAUACCGACUGUUUUCCUCUCGUUCGCAGCAGAUGCGUUGUUUCAAAGAUUUGCUGUACAACAAAUAUGGGACAUUGAUACACUUAAAGCAAACCCUAUCGAUAAUAAGUGGGGCUUCCACGAAUACGAUGAUAUACGGCAUUUUUCAGAUUAUGAAUGCCAUUUUGAUGAACGUUUAUUUAAUUCAUUAGUGGUCUUGAUGACGCAUUUCCUAAACGGUUAUAUGGAUUACCUUGUCAAACAUUUGCCGAAUUUACGAACAGUAAUGAUGGCAGGUAUAUAUUAUACUGUAAUCCCUUCUACUAAAACCUAUAAAUGUGUUUCUUAA